ACAGUAGUGUGUGUGUCAGAGCACAGUGCAGCGGGUUUCGUCAGUGCAGCGGCGCGUACGUCCGAGACAUCGCUACCAUGGCAACUGCGGCGUCUGCGAGCGAGGAUCGGGGCGCGAUGCAGCCGGACGACGUGUCGUGCGAGCUGGACCUGGGCGAGCCGCCCGCGGAGCUCGUGGAGUACGCCAGGGAGGAGCUUGGGGAGUCCCCGGACACGAGGGCCGCCGCGCUCCAGGAGCUCAGAGACCUCAUCUUUGAGCGCGGAGAGGUGGAACCGCACCGCACGGACGACUUGUUCCUGCUGCGCUUCCUCAGGGCACGCUGUUUCCACGUGGAGCGCGCGCACAAGCUGCUGGUGAGCUACUACAAGUUCAUCGAGGACAAUCCGUACAUCCAGAAGGGCGUGUCGCUGCUGGAGCUGGACUUCAUCGGUGAGGACGACGUGCUGGGCGUGCUGCCGUAUCGCGAGCAGACGGGCCGCCGCAUCAUGUAUUACCGCAUAGGGAACUGGGACCCGGGCAGGUGUUCGGUGGAGGACCUGCUGAAGGCGUCGCUGGCGGUGCUCGAGCUGGGCAUCCUGGAGCAGAGCGCGCAGAUCCUGGGCGGCAUCGCCAUCUUCGACCUGGAGGGCCUCUCGCUGUCGCAGACGUGGUACCUCACGCCCUCCGUCGCCGCCAAAGUCAUGGCUCUCAUGGGGAUGGCCUUUCCUAUGAGGAUCCACGCCAUCCAUAUAGUCAACCAGUCGUGGCUGUUUGACAUAGUGUUCUCUAUGUUUAAGCCAUUCUUGCAAGAGAAGAUGCGUGAGAGGAUCCACAUACACGGAUCCAAUCUGGAGAGCCUACAUGCGCACAUUGACCCCAAGUUCCUGCCCGAGAAGUACGGCGGUACGAGGCCAGAGUACUCCUACCGACAGUGGAUGGACUCACUCAGCCAAAACCCACUGAUCAUCAAGGAGCUGAAGUCCCUUGGGUACACAAGAGGAGAUGAGGAAGAACUCCCAUCAGAUUCUUCCUGAGUUCAACAUGUUUUAGCAAUGACUGUACAAUAAUCAUUGCUGGCCAAUGUUGAAGUGCCUUUAAGUAGUGCCUUAUCUAUAUAUCUUAGUCUUGCAACUGUUGUAUAUGAAUCUUUUCCUGCAUUGCCAAGAGUGCCUGAUUUUUGUAAAUUUAAUUUUUGUAUUAUACUGAGUAUAAGUAAUUUUGUUACAAGUGUAUUUUAAUAAAUAUUUAAUGAGAGUAAAAAUCUGUUUGGAUUGUAAAUAUACAGACUUCAACCCUACUUCCAAAUUAAUUUCUUAGUGAUAGUUACCCCACAGCCAUAUUACAUAUUACAUGAUACGACCCCUGUAAUGCAUCAUAAUUCUUUGAAUGGAAUGUCAGUAUAUUACUGCACAGCAGUACACUGUCUGUGGAGGUAGACAGCAUAUGUACCAGGGAAAAAAGUUAAAAUUUUGAAACAUAUUUGGUAAUGAUCCAUAAGAAUAAUCCUUUAUCUUAGGCUGAGUUAAAUUGUUCUUUAAAUAAAAAAAGUAUUGCAGCCAAAAAUCAGUUUUAGUUAUUCAUACCUUAUAUGGCAUUAUUACACCACCACCACCACCACCACCACCAUCAUAACAACAGGAAAACACUGUUUUUUAUAGCAGUGGUUAUUUUAGGGUUUUACGAAUCAAAAAUAAUCUGUAUUCAAGUACCAAAAAAAAAAUUGUUCUCAAAUGCUUCUACCUGAAUACAAAUGAAAAAUGCUCUUUGCAUUUGUUACUGUUUCAUUUCCAGAUUAUCCCAUACAUAUAUAAAAAUCAAAUUAAAAAAA